AUGUCGUACAAGGAAAGUCGAUCGGAUCCACGAUGGUGCCGUGGCUCGGCCGGUCGAAUUGGUGAAUUCGGAGUGAUUGGAGCCGAACAAGCAGACGAGACGUACUACGACGAUCGGUCUUCUGGUGAUGAGGAGGAUGACGAUGGUGAUUUUGGUCAAUCGGCCGUGGGUCGCAUCAAGUUUUCCAAAAAGCAACUCUAUGGCCGACAGACGGAACUUUUGCAAUUGAUUGAUCUAUGGGAUACGCACUGUCAGCAACAUCAUGAUAGUACUACUACAGAUACUACUACUAGUAGUAGUAGUUGUAGUCAAGAGGGUGGCAGUAGUACCAUUCCGUGCACGGCCUUUAUUGCGGGAUACUCAGGCUGUGGCAAGAGUACCUUGGUGGAAGAAUUCGUCAAGCGACUCCUCAGAAAACAAAAACUGCAAAUAGUACAGAAGCGGCAAAGCAACAAUAAAGAACAACAACCACCACAACAAGACAAUGACAAGGAGAAUGCACCACCACCCCCAUCACAGGAAGAAGAAGAAACAUUGCCUGGAAUACUCUUUUUGAGUGCCAAGUAUUCGCAGCAACAAUUGGGCAAGGGAGUUCCAUUCGGCGCCUUUGGCAGUCUCUUUGAUCAUUUGGAUGAUGACACGCAAAAGGAACUCCAGCGAGUUCUCCACAAUGCACAAAAUGCCAUGGGUCAAGAAGAUGCCAGAAUUCUAGGACGCAUCUUUCCCGGACUGGCUGGAUUGAUGGGCGACUUGAUGCUGCCAUCUGGUGCCAGUAGUGUCGCCAGUAACAUUAGUGGCGCUACUGGAUCCAAUAGUGCCGGAUUUCUUCUGCAUCGCAGUAAUCAUCAUCAAUCCACUGAAUAUCAACAUUCUAGUAGUCAACACCGACAACAACAAACCAACAGUCCACACCACCACCAAAAUCAACAUAAUCAAAACAACAAUAACAACUACUUGACGGAUGAAAGUGAAAACAACAAAUCACAAGUCUCCAAUUCCACUCAAAAUACAAACAACAACAACAAUAACAUGCCCUACCAACGCAGUAGUAGUCAGUAUCAACGAAGCAGCAUGAAAAAGGUCGACAAAGAACGAUUGCAGUUCUCACUGCAGUACUUUUUUCGACUCUUGGGAGCCAACAAGGAGAGACCACUCAUUCUCUUUCUCGAUGACUUGCAGUGGUGUGAUCAACAAAGUUUCCAAUUCUUGAACAAAUUACUGUGUGAUCCAAAACUGCCAUUUCUGUUCUUUAUUGGGGCGUAUCGAUCGAACGAGGUCACGGACGAAAACCAUCCAUUGAACAAACUCAUGCAUGAUAUUGAACAAAAGAGAAAACCACAAUCUACUACUACCGACAAUCAUGACAACGAACAAUCGAUUAUUCCAUCCAUGCUACACUUGCAAUUGAAAGAACUCACCAUUCACCAUGUCGGACAGUUCAUUGCCGAUUCACUACAUCACGAUAUUCACCAUGUCGAACCACUCACCAAAGCCAUUUUCGCAAAAACACUCGGCAAUCCACUCUUUACACGACAAGCACUCGAACAGUUGGUGCGCAAAAAUGUACUAUACUACGAUAAAAUGAUGUUUGAGUGGGCGUGGAAUCUCACGUCGCAAGAAGAACUACAAGAUCUCAUUAGUGAUGAUAUUGUCGAAAUGGUAAAGAGCAAAAUUGCCCAUGUACCUCGCGAAAUACAACAAGUACUCGUCGUGGCGGCGUGUACGACGCGAUCCGGGGGAACCUUUGAUGUCGAAACGUUGCUCGAAAUCAUUCUCGUCGCAUUGCCAGAAGCCAUUACCACCACGGACAAAAUUGCUACGCCUGCUACCAUUGAGGAGGAAGAGGACAAUUAUCUGGUGGAAACCAAAAAGGCCGAGUUGAUCCAUCUAUUGGAUCAAGCCGUCAUGGAGGGAUUGUUGCUGCAGUCGUCGUCGCAAUCAUCCUCCACAAAUAACACUGGGAUGGAAUUCUCCUUUGCACACGAUCGCAUUGAAGAGGCCGCACGGAGGUUCAUGAAUGACAUGUGUCACGACAACAAGCACAACGAGGAGUGUGUCAUGGCCAAGAUUGGCGAGGCACUGUUUGCUCGAUCCAAUUCACCUCAUGGAGAAGAUUGGAUGUACUUUGCUGCUGCGCAGCAUUUGAAUGCGGUCGACAUUGCGGCUACCGCUGCCACCAACGACUUGUCGCAGGAAGAACUCACGCAACAACGACUACAACUGGCCGAACUCAAUCAUCGAGUCGCCCAACUCUCUCUGGAGCUCAUGUCCUUUGACGCAUCGAUUGACUAUUGUCAGCAUGGGAUUGAAAACAUGUUGGCGACAUGUAGUAGUGGCAGCAGUGAAAAGGACAACAAUGCUUCGAUCUGGGACACACAAUACGAGUGCAUCUUGUCGCUGUAUACGAUUGGAGCAGAAGCCGCGUACGGAGUCGGAAAUGUCGAACUCGCGUCGACGUAUUGCGAGGAAAUCUUGAAGCACAAACCAAGGAGUAUCAUUGACUUUCUUCCUGCGUACAAAGUAAAGCUCGAUAUGUUGAAUGGGCAAGGGAUGGACAAAAAAGAGGACGCGUUUCGCAUUGCGUUUUGUGUGCUGGAGAAGAUGGGACUCAAGUUUCCCAAGGGGAAACAUAUGCAACGGAUGACUGCAUGGAGUACACUGAAACAAGUCCGACUGCGCUACAUUCCAACCGAGGAGUCGAUUAAUGACAUGCCUCAUGUGUCCGAUCCAGUUUUGAUUGAAUGGUUCGAUAUUCUCACAACCGCGGGAUCGUUUGCAUACCAGUGCAACAACAUCCCCUUGUAUGUUCUGGUUUGUUGUGAGGCAUUGCGCUGGAUGAGCAAAAAUGGGCUUACCGAUGGAUCUGCAGGAGCGAUUGCCUCGUUUGCCAAUCUACUCAUGCACGUGUACGGGGACUUUAGUACAAGUGUUGAACUUGCAGAACUUGCCAUUCAGAUUACAAACCGCAUCAAGAGAAAAUUCAAGGAGCCUCGAGCCCUAAACACCGCCAAUGCUUUUGUUCUUGGUUGGGUGAAACCCCUGAGGACGUGCUUGCCAUAUCACGCUCGUGCUCACGAAUCAGGCCUGGCGUCGGGAAACAUUGAGGGUGCCAGUGUUGCGAGAUUGUGGACAUCCUUUUCCAUGUUCUAUGGCGGCAUGCCCUUGGCCCAGUUGGAAACUUAUUGCAGAACUGGUAUUCCGCAGCAGCGCAAAAUGGAACUGUUUUUUGAUGCGAACCAGAUUGCCAUCGUGUGGCAGGCAGCUCUGAAUUUGAUGGGAGGGUCAGAUAAUAAUAUUGUCUUGGCUGGAAAAGCAAUGGACGAGAAAACGGAACCAUUUUGCAACAUGCCGUUUACGAUGGUGGGGGCCAUGUGGAAACGGUACCUUUGCGUCUUUUUUGGCGAAUGGGAGGAGGGCAGCAAGAAUGCACUUGAGGCUGGUGAUAUGUGCGAGAAAAUGAUUGCUGGGAUGAUGUAUGGCAUGGAGCCACUGAUUCGUGGUAUUUUGCUGUGGGUCAUGUUACGAAAGAGCCACAAAACAAAAGAAGCAUCAAAGUACAAGAAGCCUGCGCAUCGACUCCUCAAGCAGAUGAAGGAUUUGGUCAGCAAGGGGUGUGUCAACGUGGCCGGUCCAACGAGGCUAAUGGAAGCUGAGCGCCUUGCCAUGGCUGGAAAGAAACGCAAGACUCGUGCUGCUUUUGAAGAUGCAAUAUCGAUAUGCCAGAAAGGCGAGUUUCACCAGUAUGCGGGCCUGACCCAUGAGCGGUAUGCAGAAUUUCUGACGGAGCUUGGCGAUGCGGAAGAAUCCAAGCUUCACAUUGCACGAGCUAUUGAGUGUUACAGCAAAUGGGGUGCACGAAAGAAGGUGGAUCAGCUCCGUCAAUCAAGGAACAGGGACAACGGAGAAGAGAGGGAAGCAGCGCGGUAG